ACACAGCUGCUGCAGAGGGACUGCUGCAGUGAGACCGUAGCAGGGGGGGGGGGGGGUCUCUACGCCGCACACCCACACGCGUAGACACCACAGUUCGACACAUGAACGCCCCUAGUUGAUUUGUUGUGUAUCAUAUGUGGAACUCCAUGGUGGUACAGCGCCGACGUAGGCAGACAUGGACGACUAUCUCCGGAGAGUGGACUGCAGACUAGGGGUGUGGACUGACAAGGGUAUUCAUGCUGUGCUAGGUGGCCCAGAUGCAGAUGUGGACACUGUUGCUGCCACACUGUGCUUAGCACUACACCUUAGUCAGAAGGAACCCACUCUGGGUGUGUGUGUGCCGUUGCUCUGCGGCCGCCGUGGUGACGCUGCCUCGCUGCCUGGUGAGACCCUGGGCUACCUGCGCAAGAUCAAAGUGUGUGAGAGGCUCUUGCUGUGGAAGGACGACCUGGACCUGAUGAAAAUCCAUCGGGCAGGAAAACUGUCAAUGACGCUGAUGAGGGACGGCCUGCUAGAUGGCUCUGAGCGCCACGCUUUGGACUCCAGCAUUCUGCGAGUGGUCCAUCACCAUGAUGAUGCUGAUGACGACGACUAUGGCCCGCCGUCCUCGUCAAUGUUGGUCGCCAGAGAGCUUCUUCAAGAGGCACCCGAGCGCAUCGGAGCGGUGCUGAGGGAAAGCCUCAGAGAGGCAUUGCGGCUCCAAAGAGAAGACCUCAGACUUGAACAAUGCCGCCGGCGUGAACGACUGGAUGACCUGGUGAGAUGUUUGGAGUGGUGUGGUGACAGGAAGGGGCUGCUACAAGCUGCGGAGCACCUGCUGUCCAAGGAGCUGAGGGAGUUCUCCGAUGGACAGAUGACCAUCGCGCUCACCUCGGUCUCUGUAGGUGAGGAGCGCUGGCGAGGUUACGAAGACUCCUUGAAAUCCUUUUGCAGUCGGCAUGGCUACGAUGGGUUGACACUUCUCUUGGCAGUAGAAGGUUCAGUUUGUCCUCCUCGCUUGCAGGUGGUGGUAUACUCCAACAACGUGGCACUCCUCAACCAGAUCUGCUGUCAGCUUGAGGAGACCUCCACCUUGUCUCUGUCCAGCCAACCGGAAACCUUGGCAUGUCUGCAGGUUUACCACGUCCAACUAAAUGCUUUCUCACCUUCGGGUGCGUCGUUACUGAUGCUGGAGGACGAGGUCCAAGGCCUCCUCAAAGAGUUUGUUGAUCGGCGGAGCUCUGUGUUAGCUUGUCACCCCAGCAGCAGGACAUCCUCUACCGAGGGUGUGGCAGGCAGUGUAGAAUUCUCCCAGGGCUCAUCUGGUAUCAAUGACAUGGAUGCCUCGGACACAGAGAGAGCUAACAGAGGUGAUGGUGAUGUGGAAGCAACAGAGAGGGGUGCACAAGAAGGAGAGGAUGAUCCUGGAGGAGUCAGAGCAAGUGUAGAGCUGGUGAGCCCCGACAGUGGUAUGAACACCAUCCGCAGCAGCCGCUCCUCUAAGGAGAGCUCAGUGUUCCUCAGUGAUGAAAGCCCGGUCGGUGAGAUUUUGGGGGCAGCGGCAGGUCCUGGGGGCCUCCUGUUGAGGAACCCUUCUCCUCUUGGUUUGUUGUCCCUUACACCUCCUCUGCCGCCUGAGAGGAGGUGGCAUCAGCGUUCCAACAAAAAGAGAAAGGACCACUUAGAUCAGUUUCAUUCCGAUCCACUUCAUCCACAUCACGUCCUCCAGUAUUCUGACGGAAAAGCAGAUGAUGAUGGGCAAACGCCGGAAAGCUCCAGCCUGUCGGAGUAUGAAGAACUAAACAUAGUGGAUUUAUCUGAUCCUGGUUCUUUGGACAGUUUGGAAAGUAGGGAGACUUCUCGUGAUGUGGAAUGUCAGAUUGUAGAGAUGAUUGAGACAGUGGUUCCUCCCACCCCGGUCAACAGCUUGGCUGGCAAUCACCUGUCCGGCAGUGGUGGUGCCAGGUUUUUCCCUGAAGACGUGGCAGAGAGGAUCAGUGGCCUACAGCACAAGGAGAGGAUCUCGUCUUCUUUGUCUGAAACGUGGGAUGAGCUUGGUUUCGACACCCCUUCCUCCAAUGAUGCCUUGAACAGAGCCAAAGAAUCAGAGAGCCCUCAAAAUCUGGAGGAAGCAAACGGCAAAGAUCCUGAUGAUAGGAAACCGACUUGGGAAGGGAGGUCACAGAGGGACUGGAGCCUGGAACCACAGCUUAGCCUAAUCAUUGAACAGACAGAAUCCUGUGAAAAGUGGAAACCGGAUUCCGUGCAUAGUGAUAAGUGGAACCCGGUUACCGUGACUGAUCUGCAGAUGACACCGCCAGAAGAGGAAGUAGAAAAUAACACUUGUGUGUUUAGAGUCAAAGAAACAGCAUGUCCAUUUCAGAAGAAGAAAAUGAUGCUCAACACGUUAACGCCAGACACAUCAAAAGAGGACAAUGACGAAUCACGGGGGAGUAAAGCAGGUAGACCAAUGCAGUCAAUGGAUUUCUGGACCUAUUUGGAACAGAAGGGCUUUCUGAAAUCAGAUAGCAGAACCACCACUUCUUACCCAGAAUCACUUGAGAUGUGGAAUACAACGAUCAGGGAUGACAGUUUUUCUCCUCUCACGACCCCCAACAAUUUGUCUGAAGACUCUGAGACCUUCGCUGGGGCGGCUCCCAACAUGGGAGGGAGUACUUCUGUGGAAAGUCCGCAGGGAUUCUCUUAUGGGGGCAUGGAAAUGUGGAACACGACCAUACAAGAAGACAGCUCUUCAUCUGCAAGUCCAGAAGGACACGCAAAUGGAAAGGACCAUAGUCACCCUGGCUUAGUGGAUGGAAGAGAAACUCUUGCAAUGAAACAGCAGGGAAAAGAGGCAGAAACAGUAGAACAGGACAAAGAGGUCAGAUCGACUAGUCAAAAGCAGAAUGUCCAAAUAGUCAUAGAAGGGGAAGAAGGGAGAAUAUCAGACAUAGAAGACUAUGAACCAGCUGGGAAUCCUCCUGUUCCUCACAUGGUCCUCUCCACCUCAGACUAUGAUAACAUAGGAGAUUGCAGUUUGAGCAUUUCAUCCUCCCCUGAGAUUCACUGGGGUCCUGUUGUAGAUCUGAUACAACUUGAAGAACAGUCCAGCCCUUUCAUCGCUGUGAUCAAACCUGUAGAGGACCAGAUAGAAUCAGAUGGAAUCUCUUCACAAAACAUAUUUCUUUUUGAGGGACAGAGUGGGUUAAAUUCAACUGAGAACAAAGACUCUGUUGAGCUUUGUUCACCAUUUGUUCUGUUUGACAACUCUCAGACAUUUUCAGAGGAUACCCAGUCAGAUUUGGUAGAAGGUUAUGGACAUCAAAUCCAGAGUGAGGAUUCUUUAUCACAAAGCCCAGGUAGUUUGACUAGUUUUUUGUCCAGUAAACCAGAAAAUUCUGGACCAUCAUCACCAUCAAGCAAGAUAACACUUGUUAAUAGCCAAAGCCAAGAGGGUUACACAAGAGAGACAAAGUUGCUCAGCCCCAGCCCUGGUGUUGACGGAGAUACACUCAAAUUGAGCCCAGGCAGUCGAGACGAGCUCAGGUCCAAUUCUGAUGGGGAUUCGUCAUCUUGCCUUGAAAUGGACUAUAUCAUUGUUCCAGGAACAGUAAAGGCAACUGAUAGUGAUCCCAAAGACACCACGGGGCAAUCAGAAGGAUUAAGGAAGCCCAUGGAAACAUUUAACAUGCUUUCCUAUGCCGUUUCAGUACUGAAAUCUCAGAAUCAGACAACCACAGAGCAAAGCAGACAGAUUCAAAAUGAUCACUCAACUAGGGAGGACGACAAUCGCAUCAGGGUCGACAGAGAAACUUUUCUGCAGUCAGAGUCAAGGCCAACAUCUGCAAGUGAAACCCAAUUAGAAGAAGGCCACUACGAAGAUAAAACCACCGUCAGUGGCCGAAACCUGUCACCCUCAUUAAGGCAUCCAUCAGAUCACUUCCUCAGAACCAGAGAGGAGGUUUAUGUCCAUUCCCAAAUCUCCAUGGAUGACUCAGGUUCAGACAGUGGCCACUCACCGGUCAAUUUUACUGAGUCCCAUCCAGUCUUGGGAGUUGAGUUACCGAGACGAGACACAUCGCGAUCAUCAUCCAACAGCUCUGUCGGCUCUCACACCAGCUCCUUGGUUAGCACCCUCACAAGCGAAUCGGACGUCCCCAGAAACAAGGCCCUUGGAUUACCCUUUUCCGGAGAUUUGAUGGAGGAGGAGAACAAUGAGGAAGAGCAGGAGGAAAAACUGACAACGGUCCAAAGUUCUCACGAUCUGUUGAGUUUCACAGAGGAGUUGGUUGAAAGUUGUCCACUUCCACCAAACAGCUGUUAUGAUGAUCAAAAUGGAAGGACUAAUGAUCGCUCAGUUGGACAUGAUGUCAGAGAUUGGUGGCCCUCUCACCAAAGCCGUUCUCUGAAUUUAGGAUGCCAAAAUAUGACAUCACAACUGUUACCCCAUCGGACCAGUCAUUCCACUACACAACAGUGGACAACAGCUCAGGGUCCACCACAAAGUGGUUACAAUUACCACCUCAUUGACCAAAGGACAGAAAACCUGGAAGGCUCUGAGCAAAAGUGUGACUUCAAACCUUGUCAUAGCGAACACAAACACCCCGAACAUCAGAACCGUGUCCAGUAUGUGCCUGAGGGAUACGCCCACUUCCUCAUGUCCAGGCGAGACCACUGCGAAGACAACUCGGCAGCGGGAAUGACUAUGACAGCUAUGAAGAUGAUGAGGAGGACCUCCAGUGAGGAAGCUGGGGAUACAGAGAACAGGGAAGACCCUUCCUCCUCUGCCGAUGUGUCGGGGGGGUCCAGUCCGAGGCGUAAGCUUGUGGUGCCGCCUAUGAGCGUGCCACCAGACCGCAGCGAAGGCUCCCCGGUCUCAGAGCAUGCCCUGGACACGGACGAAGAGGAGGCGGCUCUGGACACCGGAGACGACCUGGACGUUGACAUCGAGGAGCUAGACACGUCUGAGGAGGAGUGUGACAACUCCGCCCCUGCGGCUGGGGGCCAGGUCAGGCACGAGGAUAGUCAGCUAUGGAGGAGCGUGGUGAUUGGCGAGCAGGAGCAUCGCAUCGACAUGAAGUCAAUUGAGGCGUACAAGAGGGUCAUCUCUCAUGGAGGUUAUUAUGCCGAGCAGAACGCCAUCAUCGUGUUUGCAGCCUGCUUUCUGCCUGACAGCGACUGUGAUAGUUACAACUAUGUAAUGGAAAACCUCUUCUUGUAUGUUAUUAGCACCUUGGAGUUAAUGGUGGCAGAGGACUACAUGAUUGUCUACCUGAACGGUGCCACGCCACGCCGCAGGAUGCCGGGAUUUACGUGGAUGAAGAAGUGCUACCAGAUGAUUGACAGGAGGCUAAAGAAGAACCUGAAGAUGUUUAUCAUCGUCCAUCCCUCCUGGUUCAUCAGAACACUGCUGGGCAUCACCAGACCUUUCAUAAGCUCCAAGUUCAGCAGUAAAAUCAAGUACGUGAGCAGCCUGCAGGAGUUGGGACAGAUAAUCCCAAUGGAGUACGUCCACAUUCCGCCCAGCAUUGUCAAGCUGGACACAGAUUUAAAGGAUGCCUCAGGAAAGUAUGACAGAAAAAGGAGUUUGGCCAUUUGAUAAAAAUGGAGCUUCAUGUGAGAUUGCCAAUCUUCCCAGCAGAGGGGAGGAGGUUGCGGUGAGGCAUUUAAAAAAAAAAAAAACACCACAUCACUGUGUAUAACAUAGGGAAGGUGCUCUAAAGACUGCACUAAAUGAUGUUUACAUUAAAAUCCAUUUAA